AUGCCGUCAUCGAGCAACGCGGAAUCAAAACAGUCUGAACUAUCAGUACAGCAGAACGCCUCAUCCGUCGUUAAUAAUGUAACGAAUUCGUCUGGUCAACAGAUCUCAUCACCAUCCAAAUUCACAUCCACAAUAUCAACAUCAUCAACGACAACACCGAUAUUUACCUCAAAAGUUGAUAAUGUUCCUUGUAAUCCUCCUCAGUCUCCUCAAAUUUCUACUCCUUCUACUUCUUUCAGCUCUACUUCAUUUUCUCUAUCCACCGCCCUGCCACAACCCUCUUCUCAUGCUAAUCAACCCACUAUAUCUCCAUCAGUGCUUCAAAAUUCCUCCAUAUCACCUCUCAAAACAGCCGAUACAAACUCAAUCGCAGUUGAUGUUACCACCUCAAGACGAGAAGUAACGAAUGACAAUGACAUUCCUUCUGUUGUAUCGUCGUCACUAGCCGUGCCAUCUGUGCUCAAAUGUGAAGAACAGCCAGUAACAAAUGUUUCAUCAAUUAAUGCAAAAAAUGACAAAUUACCGUAUGCCACCGCUGAUACCGAUAAAGUUGAAUGGAACGAGCAAAAAGCAUCGAAUGUUCCUUGCCCACUCGCUGCCCAAAAACAACGACAACAGCAAAAACACCAUCAGUCUUCGUCAGUUUCUCACAUUCCAACGUUCGCAUCUAAACGAACGAUCGCAUCACGCGAUAAAGUGCCAACGCAAGACAGCAAUACAUCUGAAGUGAAGAGAUCUGCCGGUAUUCCAUCAUCACACGCAUCCUCAUCAGCGAUUCAGAUGGCAUCUGAAUCAGAGGAUACGGCGAUGAAGGAUGACCACGACGAUGCAUCAGCAGCACACCAACAUCGUUCGUCACGAUUACCAGUCCGUAGCGGUAACGCAACUGUGUCCACCUCUGCACUAACAAAGCACCACAAUUCUUCGGAUGAGGUGACGGGCUUUAUUUCGUUCUUUUCUCUUCAGUUUCAUAACACUGCUGUCCUUGAAGUGAGACCAUAA